UAGAUGAGUAGCCUCUGUGCUUGAGGAGAAGCUUCCCAGCAAUCAGACUGAGCAGAGCAGGCAUUUCUACUGAGUGCCCUGUGUGUUUAUUUAAACGGGGAGCAUCUGACACAUGUGUGAAGCGACACCUGUUUUGUUCUGGAGGGCUUACGCCCUGCCUUCCCCCACCAGGAGAGGGGAAAAGAGAUAAGUCAACACAAAGAGUAAGGGAGAGGUCAGAACCAGCGUUCGUUUUUGGGAGUAGAAGUGAACGCGGGAAGUUCCGAGGAGCGACGGGCUGAGGAGCGCAUCGUCCACCAGAGAUGAAAACAGCAUCUCCGUCAGCGGACUUUUAGGGCCAAGGGGGAGAAGGCCCCGGGGAGCGCGUCACCAUGAAAGGCAAGCGGCACCUCGUCUCCUGGUCCGCGGCCCUGUUUGGCGUCUUAGGCUUCGUUUUUCUGGUGGCGGCCAUCGGCACCGACUUCUGGUACCUCGUCGACGCUUCCAAACUGGAGAGGUUAAGCAACAGCACGGAGAGGCUCAGCUCCCAUUCUGGGCUCUGGCGGACUUGCCGAUUUCAAAGCACCUGCCAACCGAUGGUAAACCCUUUUAAACCGGACACAGAAAACAUCACCGCUUCACAUAAGCAACUAUUGAAGAUGCACAGCACCUUCAUCAUCCUGCUGCCAUUCAGCCUCAUCCUGAUGACCUUCGGAGGAAUGAUGGGGUUCUUUGGGAUCCUCACCCAGGCUUACUUCCUUGUCCUCUUCACUGGGCUGAUCUUUCUCUUUGGAGCUCUCAUCACCUUGGCUGGCCUCAGUCUCUACAUCAGUUACUCAGCAGCUGCCUUAAAAGAAGCCAGGUUCCUGAUGGGAACGAAUCGCCUCCUGGACCACAUCAACAUCCAGUUCGGGUGGUCGUUGGCCUUCGCGUGGUUCUCCUUUGUGGCCGAGGUUCUCACGGGGCUAGCUUUUCUUCUGAUGUCCAGGAUGAUCGGUUUGGAACGAAGACGGGACCGCUCCAUAUGAUGCCGCCUCACGCUCGGAUCUCCGAGGCUUUCUCCAUCCCGAAUUCUCUGCUUUUUCCUCCCCUUUCUUUUGAGCCGACGACUGGCGUUUCUCGCCAAGUCUUUCGAGAGAUGGGGGGGAAAAAAGGGGUAUUUUGUCAUUCUACAAUGAUUUGUUUCCUUUUUAAAUGCCUGAACGAGCCCUAGUAGUGAUGAAGAAAAAGGCAGCGAUAUAGUAUGACUCCCUUUUCAGAGUUAGAAAGAGAUCCGGGAGGAUAACCGUGGUCUUUGCUGACAUCUUAUGGCAAGCCUGAGAAACGAAUCCAUAGCAGAGAACAAAAAGGGAGGAAAGCGGAGAAAAGACGGAUUGAAGAGGCCGAAGGACCAAGAUUGUUUCUGGAUCCAUGUGCAUUUAAGGGAUUCCAAGGGAGGAAGACAUGUGCUGGUUUCCUGAAAUAAAUUUGAUUUUUAUUUGUAAAUUGC